AAACUAUAAGAAUGCGCAAUUUUUAUAUAAGAAGACAGAUCUACGUGCAUGGCAUUUGUCCAAACUUUAAUUCGUUACGUAGAACUUAAAAGUGAAACUACGUGUUUGACUAAAUAAUGGGUAUCAAAAGGACAGCAUCGUCUUGUACGUCCAAAGGUCUGGUGGACUUAUCUUGGUGACAAACAUAGAAGAUUGAAACAGAGGAAGACAUAAAACAUUAAGAUGGCUGACUUUUUUUCUAAAGUAAUUCUGACUCAAAUGUCAUCUGAAUCGUGCUCCCCAGAAGAAAGUCUUCAAUAUAUCACUUCCAUUUUACCUCAGUUGGAAAAGUAUAUACAGAAUAGCUUAACAAGACCACCUGUUUGUACCUCAGAAGAUGUUUUACUAAUGAAAGUUGUUCAUAAUGCUUUAAGAUGUUCAUCACAUCGAGAACUUUCUGUACGGUUGCUCAGUACUUUCAAAGACAGUUCGACUACUGACUUUCUGAUCAGACUGUUGCACACAUCAGAACGCAAUUCAUCUGAAACUGAAAACAACAAAGUAAUCGAAGCAUGUGUUGAAUUAUUAGAGCAUCUUCAUGUAUGCAUGCCUAGUUUUAUUUUGCAAUUACAAGGAUUGAUUUUUACCUUGGAAAAGACAGUGGAGAAAACACCAAAACUUUCGAGACUUACUCAUAGAAUAUUAUCGGUAAAAGAGGCAGUAAAGAGAUCGAUGGAAUUUACCCAAAGGAAAAAAACCACCUCCACAGAAUAUGUUGAUAAACGAAAACCUCCUGACGAUUUUCGAAACCUACCUAUCUUUCCUAGAAAAGAAGAUAUUUUCCCAGAACAGAGGCCGUUUCUGAGGAAAAUCAUUAGGAAUGGUAAAUAUGAAGACUUGGAACACUACCUGGACGUUCAGUUUCGACUUUUCAGGGAAGACUGUCUAACUCAACUUCGUAGUGGUAUUCAGGAAUAUAUACAGGAACGUACGGCAGGAAACAACAAUAUUCGUCGACUUGAAAGUUCCCGCAUUUAUCAUAACGUUAGAAUACUUUUUAGGGAGACCUCUUUGGACGAUAUAUUGCACGUUUUGCAAUUGGAUCAGAACACUUACAAAAACAUAGACUGGAACAAUACUAAAAGACUGCUACACGGUUCUCUCGUUUGUUUAUCUUUCGAUCAUUUUGAGACAUUCCUGUUUGCAACUAUUAUGAGAGCAGAUACCAAUGUUUUGAGUGUAAGGGGUUUGUUUAAAGUCAAAGUAAACCAGACAGAAAAUGAAUUAGAAGACUGCAUUUUGGGGCGCUUGUAUACGAUGAUAGAAAGCACGGCGUUGUUUGAAGCAUAUAGACACGGUCUUGAAAAAUUAAAAUCUAUUGGAGCAGGGAAAUUGGCCUUUGAAAAAUUUUUCGUCAACUGUGAAACAGAAAUAAGGAAAACAGAUUAUUUUGAGAAAGGUCCUGUGUUUGACUUUUCAUCUAUAACGCAUAGAAGACUGGUGAAAAUAAGAAGAUAUGGAGAAAGAUAUGAGAGAGUAAAACAAUACCGAGACUGGCCAUCUUCAGAGGAACUUCAUAUGAAUCCCAUUCAGUAUGAAGCGUUUAAAGCUGCUUUAACAAAUGAGUUUUGUCUGAUACAGGGGCCACCGGGUACAGGAAAGUCUUAUCUUGGCAUCCAAAUUGUUAAGACUUUGCUGGCAAACACAGAAUGCUGGUCUAGAGACAGAACUUCUCCAAUACUUAUGAUUUGUUUUACCAAUCAUGCUUUAGACCAAUUUUUGGAAAGUAUUGUCGAUUCUGUUGAUACAGCUUUCAAGAGUAGAAUUGUAAGGGUCGGUGGAAGAAGCGGCAACAAAGUUAUUGAAGACAUUACCCUGAAAAAGAGAUGUGAUAGAGUGCCUAAGAAAAACAGACUUUUAGAAUUGAAUUUUCUUCAAAACAUGAUCUCCAAAUACAAAAAAAUGAUUAGUCAGCAAAAUUUCACUAUUGUAAAUAAUGAUUAUUUGAGACAAUACAUUCAUUUUCCAAGUCAAAAUUUCACAAAUGAAGAGGAGAAAACAUUAUUUCGAUGGUUGAAUGUUGAUAAAAGAAGCGUUUUGGAUUCCGCUAGUAACAACAACAGAAAAAAGAGAAAGACAAAAAUAAAUGAAUAUUUGGAGGUAGAAAACAACCUUCUUCCAAACAAUAGAUAUGAAAACUGGUUUUAUCAAUUGACAUCAAGCGUAGACGAAAGUGAACAUCAAGAUCCAAGAAUUCAAGAUUCGCCUGUUUUAAACUUUGGAAUGAAUAUACUCCAGACAUGGCGGGCUUUAGCCGUUGAUAACAGUGUGAAGGAAGACAAGAAGUUUUUAGAGCAAGUUGAAUUGGUAAUUGAUGAUAUACUUAGAAAUAUCAAUUUGGAGAAUACCAUGACGGCAUUUGAAGCUGGUUUUUAUGAAACACAAAAUUUAUGGGAAUUGCCAUUGCCAAACAGGUGGAAGUUGUAUAGAUUCUGGCAGAGUCAGUUUUAUCGAAAAAUAUUAUCAAACAUUGAAAACUUCAAAAUAUCUUACAAUGAAAUUCUUGAGAAUUACAGACAGGAAAUCUUCAACAACGAGUACAGAGUUCUGGAGAGAGCUGCACUUAUCGCAAUGACCACAACAGGAGCUGCAAAAUAUCAAAACAUGCUUAAGAUUCUCAGACCACGCAUUGUCAUUAUUGAUGAAGCUGCAGAAGUUCUCGAGGCCCAUAUAGUUGCUUCUCUUCCUUCGUCUUGUGAACAUUUGAUAAUGAUCGGGGAUCACAAACAGCUUGAACCAAAACCAGCUGUAUUUGAACUUGCACAAAAGUACCACUUGUCUUUGUCGUUUUUUGAAAGAAUGAUUAGAAACGGGAUAAGUCAUCACUGUUUAUUAAAACAACACAGAAUGAGGCCGGAAAUUUCUUCUUUGGUGAAGGAAAUUUAUCCAGGUCUACACGACGCAGAAAAUGUCAAAGAAUAUGAAAAUGUGAGUGGUAUUGCAAGUAACGUAUUUUUCUUGAGUCAUGGAUUUCAAGAAGAAUAUAGAGAAGAAGGGCGAAGUUACGAAAAUUACUUCGAAGCGGAAUUUACAACUCGGCUUUGUAGAUAUUUAAUAUAUCAAGGGUAUAUAUCUUCUCAAAUUACAGUAUUGACACCUUAUUCAGGACAAUUGCGAUGUUUGACUGGCUUAAAAGACAAUAUAACGAAAGAUAUUCGCUUUUGUAUUGUCGACAAUUACCAAGGUGAAGAAAAUGAUAUUAUAUUGCUAUCUAUGGUCAGAAGCAAUGAUAUUGGAAAACUGGGUUUUUUGGACAAAGAAAACCGAGUAUGUGUUGCUUUGUCGAGAGCAAAACGGGGUUUAUUUGUCAUUGGGAAUUUUGAAAUGAUGCGAAAAUGUGCAAAAAAAACUAAGCUGUGGGAUAUUACAAUUAAAGAUUUGGAGUUGAAAAACUGCUAUGGUACAGAAUUACCCCUCUUUUGUCAAAAUCAUCCGGAAAGAAAAAUAAAAGCAAAACGUGCUGAGGAUUUUGAUAGUUGUCCAGAUGGAGGCUGUAAAGCACUGUGCGAAACACGAUUGCCAUGUGGUCACGCAUGUAGACGAUAUUGUCACCCUGAUGACAAAAUUCAUAAGUCAUAUCAAUGCAAAGUGAGGUGUUCGAAUAUGUGCAUAAAUAAGCACAUUUGCGACAAAAUUUGCCAUUUUCCAGAGCCAUGUAAUUGCACUGUUUUAAUAAAAAAGAAAUUUCAUUGCGGGCACGAAAAUGAAAUACAAUGUUGCAUGGAUCCUAAAGACAAAGAAUGUAGUACAAUGGUCACAAAAUACUUCAGUACCUGUUAUCACAGUAAAGAGCUGGCUUGCCCUGAACCAGUUGAUAAGAUUAAUUGUGAAAAAGUCGUUGAACAUGAAUUGAUUUGUGGUCACACAAUGUCUCUUCCGUGUCAUAAACGUAAAUUUAAAAUCAAGUGCAUCGAAUUCGUGGAAAAAACAUGGUCAUGUGGUCAUUCAGCAUUUAUAGAAUGUGCCGAGUUUGAUAGAGCUAAAUGUAAAAAACAAGUCGUUCGCAAAUCAGAAUGUGGCCAUGAAAAUACAAUGGAAUGUCAUCUUGAUAUCAGUUACUUUGAAUGCAAGCAAGUAGUGGAGAAACAAUUUAAAAAAUGCAGACACAUGAAAAGUGUACCAUGUUAUCUGAACAUGGAGUAUGAAAUUUGCGACGAACCAGUUUUUCUCAAACGAAACUGUAGUCACGAGAUAAAAUUAGAAUGCUUCAAAAUUGAUGGUGAAAUAGAAAAUAUAUGUGAAGCUGUGUGUGGUCGUACUUGUGAAAAGGAGCAUAAAUGCAGAAGACUUUGUCAUUUCCCCGAGAAAUGUAACUGUUGCCAGCUGGUGCAAAAACUGAUACCAAACUGUGGUCAUGUUGCUGUCAUGGAAUGUUGUAAAGACCCAUGUAGAUUUGAUUGCACUGAAAUGAUAGAAAAGGAAGUUAUUGGAUGUAGACACAGUGUUCUGCUAGAGUGUUCAAAUACAAUGGAAAACUUCAUCUGUUCAGAGAAAACUGAGAAAUAUCGCCCUUCCUGUGGCCAUUUAGUAUCUACAGAAUGCUUCAAAGACCCAGAAGCUGCGUUUUGUGAUGCGUUAGUUUCAAGGUCUUUAGAGUGUGGCCAUGUCAGUGAGUUUAAAUGCAGCGAAAAAAACAUAAGGUGUAUGGAAAAAGUGACUGACUUUCUUUCAUGUGGACAUGAAGCUGAAAUUAAUUGCUAUCAAAAAAAAUUUGAUAAUCUGGUUUGUAUAGAGAAACUUGAAUAUAUUUUAGAAUGUGGACAUUUUUAUCCACUCUCCUGCUCUGAAUUUCAAAAAGAUGAAGGACUGGAAGAAAUCAAAUGUACUGAAAACAUUGAAACUACAAUGCCUUGUGGACAUAUUAUUCCUUUAAGUUGUGGUUCUGAUAUAUUGACAAUAAUUUGCACUGCACGCUGUGGUGCCACACUUUCCUGUGGACAUAGAUGUAGUGGAAUAUGUGACAAUUGUUCCCAAAAAGGUUAUCACGACAGGUGUACUGAAUUUUGCAGGAAAGAAAUGCUUUGUGGUCAUGAAUGUGAUGGUGACCUUUGCGAAAGCUGUAAAACUUGCAGAAGGAAAUGCGAAGUAUUUUGUGACCAUAAACGCUGUGAAAAAGACUGCUUUGAAGUUUGUGAUCUUUGUAUAAUGCCAUGUAGCUGGAGAUGUCCUCACUAUGAUUGCUCAUUGCUUUGUCACGAAAUAUGUGAUCGUCCAAGAUGUGUUUUCCCAUGUCCAAAGAAGUUGCAGUGUAAACAUGAAUGCUCAGGUUUCUGUGGAGAGCCAUGUCCACCAUGUUGCCUUCUAUGUGAUUCAAAAACCUUACAAGUAUAUGCAGAAGUGAAAAAUUUACGAUUAGUUUAUCUUCCAGACUGCAAACACUUCUUUGAGUCCAGCUUUCUCGACAAUAUCAUAAAAGAAAUGGCUCCAAAUGAAUCAUUGAUGUUUCUGUUUUGUCCAAAAUGCAAAACCAAUAUCUCCUGGCAUCCAAGGUACAACAAAAUCAUAAAGCUGCAAAGGAAAAGAAGAAAUCUUGCAAAAGCUAUCACGGUAUAUGUAUCAGAAGCAAAAGGUUGGGAAUACUUCCCCUUAUUUUUUCCAUCCUUUUUGAAUUGUCAAAAACUCGUAGAAGACUGUGUAAGCCUUUUAAUAAAUGACAUGGGUGAUCCUCACAAAGACAGUUUGAUUGAAUCUUGUGAUAAAGUCCUAACGCAGAUGAACAGUAUUCGUACUAAGCUGAGACCCUCAUUUGAGCAGUACAGUUCCGUGUACGAUGUCAUCCGUAAAAUUUCGGAAGAUUGGCCAAUGAACUCUAAAGAAAACAACUCAUUAAAAACAAAUGUAAGUGACCAUUUAGAAAACUUUACGAAACAUAUUGGGAAUGAGAUUAUCAAACGUAGUCCCGACACCAACCAAGUAACGCCGAACGGAUCAAAUACAUCUCCUACAAUAUUCCUUAUAGCCGAUCCACAUGCUGAACAUUGGAAAAUUUGCAAACAAGGACAUCCAUACUGCAGCAUUUUCAAAUUUGGUGAAUGUGUGAUCUGCGAGGGACCAAAAGAAAAAUUACGUUAUUCAAAGAAUCUAAGGGAGUACUUGAAUCACGCAUCGUCAGUUGAUCUUAUUGCAGACUGUAAAAUUCCACGAAGAAAAACAGAAGGAGCAGGAGGCUGUAAAACCGACACAUUUCAAACCAAGGAAAAGAACUGUGAAUGCUAUAAUGAGAAACAAAUUGAAGUAAAUUCAGACAAUAAGGCAGAAAAGGACGUGGUGAGAAAGACUAAAGAUAAGCUCUUACCGAGAUGGAAGAAACCCAAGCGACCUAAAUGGUGGGAAGAAAAACUGUGAAUGCUUUUUAGUUGGCUUACACCGAUAAAUCUGUUUUACCCUCUUUAUGGUACAAUACCACACUAUGUAUAAGAUAUCAUUUACUAUAUCCGAAAGAAAAUGUUUGAUAUGUUGAAAUAUGUUCGAAGGGUAGCGGAUCAAUAUUUAAGUUAAUGAACAUGAUCAGACGAGUUCCCUCUCUUUUAAUUGAUGUUGAAUGAUUUAAUUGUUUUAUUAUUACUUAAGAGUCUUGUUAGAUAUUUAAAAUAUUUUUUAUCAUAUGUUAUCAAUUUACAUUAGGUUUACCCCAAUAUGUCUGCGUUAAACUUAAAACGGUAUUCUUACAUUUGCAAUCAUACAUAUAAUUUUAAAAGACACACAGUUCUAGAGAUCAAUACAAAUUUUCUGUUUUUUAUUUUAUUUAAAAUAACCCCACCGUUAUUUUAUCUUUUAAUAUUUACUAAAAGGUCUUUCCACCUUUCAGGUGAAAUUAAAUGCUUGUUAUCGCUAUUCCUCCGAAAUUAUAAGAGAUAUAAAUAUAAACUUUUACCAAUGUCUUUAGUUCACUUAGAGGCUCCCUCAAUCUAUUCCAUCUGAAAGGACCUAAGGCCCCUUUUAUCUACUAUUGCCCAUCAAAGUUUCUUAGGUUCUUGAAAAACACGUACAACUUUUUACUUUACGUCUUAGAGACAUCUGACCGCUUAUGAUUGAAACAUCUACCUCGGCCGAUCAAAAUGACAUAAAGGUCAAAAGUCAAGGUCAUUAAAAAUCUGUAUAAUAAUGAGUUUACAUAUUUCUUUUGUGAAGAAUGGUAUAGAAAAGCUUUUCCAUGGAUGUAAUAGGACUUCCUAUGACAUUUCAAAUAUAGCCCUAAAAGUUUAAAAGUUAUUGCUCCUAUUGUAAAGUAGCUCGUUAUCGCCAUCCCUCUUAAACCGUAAGAGAUUGGAUUCUUAUACCAAUGUCUUUAGUUGACUUUACGGAUCUUUCAAUCUAUUUAUACCAAAAGGAUCCGAUAUGUCCUUAAAGUAGUUAUUGUCCUUGAAAGUUUCUUAAUUUUGUUAAAAACCACUUACUCGUUUUGAACCAAACGUCAUAGAAACAUGGGACAACUUGAAAAUGAGAAGUUGACCUUGGCCAAUUUAAAUGAUAUAAGGGUGAAAGGUUACUUUAAAAAAUCAUAAUUAUUCUUUUUACAUUUUUUAAUGAAAUAAGGCAAUCAUAUCUGAACAAAAAUGUUUAAAACAUAAAUAAAUAUAAGGUGGAAAUCUCUCUAAUUGUUUGAGAUCAAUUAGUCUCCUAAAAGUUCUUAAAUGGUUGGUUUAAAAAGUGAAUUAAAUUGAAACUUUUCAAAUUAAUAUUGAAAAUAAAAUCUGAAAAGUAUUAGUUCUAUUUGUUGUUAAGUGGUAUUAAGGACUGUGUCACUAGAAUUGGAGCUUGGACUACAAGUAAACAAAAGCCUUUCAAAAAUCUGUCUCACACGGUAAUGUAUGUUUUACAUUAAAUCCUGUGGUUAUAAUAAAACAUGUGGUUAUAGUAAAAAGAAAUUACAACGCAGGUAUGUUAAGGAUUCAUGAUUGAUUUCAGAGUGAUGUGUAAAAAUCAUUUGUCUGUACUUCUUACAAGAUAACCCAUGAUCUGCAUUCCAUUCGAUAGCUCUGAGAGAAAGUAUCGUAUCGUCAAAUGUAAAAUGAAUUAUUUUGAAACGGUAAUAAAACCGCGUGUUUCUUUUACGUAUAUGAUGUUAAUAAUAAAGGUUAUUUUUUAAUGCAGGUAUCCAAGAAAUUUUUCGACCAAUUCGAAGCGCCAAUAUCUCGUCAAAAUAAUAAAUAUUAAAUGAAACGCUCGUCACGUGACCAAAAAAUACAUAUAACGUCUAGGUGAUUAGAUCGCAUUCCGACCAUAACAACCGUAUUGUUGUCAUAGAAACAACACAGUGUUUUUGUUUAUCGUACAUGGUUCAAUGAAAGCACGUUUUGUAAUAUUAUUUGGUCUGAACAUAUUUUAUUGAAAUUUAUCAAAUGGAUUGGAAACAAGUUGUAAACUUCUAGUUCCUCUUCACAAUAUAUACCCCAGUGAUUUCAAUCUAAUGUUGCAUUUUGUCGUUAAUAAAAUUAUUUAUGAACACAUUGAACCAGUUUAUCUCGUUUGUCCCAAUUAUUUUGUCAAAGAAAUGGCUAUUUCUUUACUUUACAUUAUUCACACUACAAAUAUAAGACUUGAGCUUUGUAAUUAAAGAAUAUCUUUAUAUUCGUGUCUUAGGUUAACUCUGUUUUUGAAUUCAUAUUAAUAAAGCUGAAUAACUAAUCAUAUGAAAUGAUAAUAUAGUAUCAUUUAGAUUAUCUUUGUUUUCUUUUGAUUCAGGUUGAUUCAGGUGAUUGAUUAAGAUAUACUAUUCACAAACAGCUUGGAACAGACUUGUUGAACUCCCUUUUAAGUCUACACAGGAAUCAAAACUGCAUUGGCUACAAUAUCAAAUUCUUCAUAGGGCUGUUCCUACAAAUAAUUUUAUUUUUAAUAUAUAAAAAACAGUCUGCUGUGUUUACUUUUUUAAAAAUAAAUAAAGAGAGUAUU